AUGUUGUUUUGCAGGGUUCAUGCUUUUGUUUCUUUUCUUGCUAUUGCAGGAACAUCAGCUGGUGUAGGAUUUGCGAUCCCAUCUUCAACUGUAUUGCGAAUUGUUCCUCAACUCAUUCAGUUUGGAAAAGUUGUUAGAGCUGGUGUAAAUGUGGAUAUUGCGCCGGACUUAAUUGCAAACCAACUUAAUGUUCGAAAUGGAGCUAUUGUUCUUCUGGUUCCUGCAAAUAGUCUUGCUGCCAAAGCUGGUUUAAAUCCCACCACAAGGGGAUUUGCCGGAAAUAUAGUCCUUGGAGAUAUCAUUGUAGCAGUUGACAAUAAGCCUGUGAAGAGCAAAGCAGAGUUGUUGAAAGCAUUGGAUGAGUAUAAUGUAGGAGAUAAAGUGGUGUUGAUGGUUCAGAGGGGCAGUGAAAAGUUGGAGCUGCCUGUGGUACUUGAGGAACAAAGUUCUUGAAAUGGUUUUGGUUUAUAUGUAUUGAUGUGUUGUUAUACACCCACAAAUGUAUUAUAUUUGCAGCCAAAAGAAAGUAAUUCAUCUGUGAAAUCCAGGGUCUUAUAAUAGAAGUAUGGUAUAAAUAAUUGCAAGAUUAUCAAAAUACUUCACUCUUGAAAAAAA